CGGCUAAUUUUAAACCUGGUCAUCCAGUGUGGUGGCAUCACACUGCAGAGACACGCACAGCUCCCUGGGAGACACGGCUGGGAAAGGAUGAGUUGAGUCCACCGUGUUUUCCUCCUCCUCCUCCUCGUGUUUAUUUUCUUGAAAAGGCUCCAGGCUUCGGCUUGGAAAAUCAAACCGCCAAAAUUGAGCCCAGUAGCUGGAGCGGCAGYGAGAGCCCUGCCGAAAACAUGGAAAGGAUGAGUGACUCUGCAGAUAAGCCGAUCGACAAYGAUGCCGAAGGGGUCUGGAGCCCCGACAUUGAGCAGAGCUUUCAGGAGGCCCUGGCUAUCUAUCCACCGUGUGGGAGGAGGAAAAUCAUCUUAUCAGACGAAGGCAAAAUGUAUGGUAGGAAUGAACUGAUAGCCAGAUACAUCAAACUCAGGACAGGGAAGACGAGGACCAGAAAGCAGGUGUCUAGUCAUAUACAGGUCUUAGCAAGAAAGAAAGUUCGAGAAAUUCAAGCCGCCAUUAAGGUGUCUAGUCACAUUCAGGUUCUUGCCAGAAGGAAAUCUCGUGAUUUUCAUUCCAAGCUAAAGGUAACAAGCAUGGAUCAGACCGCAAAGGACAAGGCCCUGCAGCACAUGGCAGCCAUGUCAUCAGCCCAGAUCGUCUCCGCCACUGCCAUUCACAACAAGCUGGGGCUGCCUGGGAUUCCACGCCCCACCUUCCCAGGGGCACCGGGGUUCUGGCCUGGAAUGAUACAAACAGGGCAGCCAGGAUCCUCCCAAGACGUCAAGCCCUUCGUGCAGCAGGCCUACCCCAUCCAGCCAGCGGUCACGGCCCCCAUUCCAGGGUUUGAGCCUACGUCAGCCCCAGCUCCCUCGGUCCCUGCCUGGCAAGGGCGUUCCAUUGGCACAACCAAGCUUCGCCUGGUGGAAUUCUCAGCUUUUCUUGAACAACAGCGAGACCCAGACUCGUACAACAAACACCUCUUCGUGCACAUUGGGCAUGCCAACCAUUCUUACAGUGACCCAUUGCUUGAAUCCGUGGACAUUCGUCAGAUUUAUGACAAAUUUCCAGAAAAGAAAGGUGGCUUAAAGGAACUAUUUGGAAAGGGCCCUCAAAAUGCCUUCUUCCUCGUAAAAUUCUGGGCCGACUUAAACUGCAAUAUCCAAGAUGAUGCCGGGGCUUUUUAUGGUGUAACCAGCCAGUAUGAGAGUUCUGAAAACAUGACAGUCACCUGUUCCACCAAAGUGUGCUCCUUUGGGAAGCAAGUAGUAGAAAAAGUAGAGACGGAGUAUGCAAGGUUUGAGAAUGGCCGAUUUGUAUACAGAAUAAACCGCUCCCCGAUGUGUGAAUAUAUGAUCAACUUCAUCCACAAGCUCAAACACUUACCCGAGAAAUAUAUGAUGAACAGUGUUUUGGAAAACUUCACAAUUUUAUUGGUGGUAACAAACAGGGAUACACAAGAAACUCUCCUCUGCAUGGCCUGUGUAUUUGAAGUUUCAAAUAGUGAACAUGGAGCACAACACCAUAUUUACAGGCUUGUAAAAGACUGAACAUGAUUAUUUAUAUAUAUAGAUAUCUGUAUAUACACACACCUAUGUGCACACACACACUCUCCAUUAUUGAACGACUGACUGUAAACCUCACCACGUGGGUGGUGUCCUGGCCCCGAGGUCACCCCAACUUUUCUAAAUCCUGUUUGAGUGAAGUCAUUUUUUCAUGUGUUCAUACUAUCAUUGUAGCUGUGAAGUUCUGGUACAGUUGUAAAGAGAAAUCGAGUUGUUUCUAUGUGUUCUUCAGAUCUGCAGCCCAUAAUUCCUCGGGAAAGGAAAUAAACAACCCAGGUCACUCUCUGCAGAGACCUGUUUCUUAUUGUGGUAGAAAAUAUUAAGACAGAGCCUUGCCCAUGGGACAUUUACUGCCUUUACACAAAUGUAUUUAGUUCUCUCUCUCUUUUUUUUUUUUAUCCAACAUGAAAUUCUUGUUUUAAGAUACAAGUAAAAUUAAUCUUUAAAUAUAAAUGUAAAUUAGUACACAAAACUAAGAAUCUUUAGACUUAUCUUUGUAACUAAUUAGGGUGGAAGUUAUAAAAAGAAUGUAAUUCACUAAAUUAUUUUUUAAAUGAAACCUUUCUUUCUUUUUGAAACCAAAUGUUAAACUAUAGCCUUAAGAAAUGCUUGGUAGAAAUCUCCUAAUGAGACAAAUUUGUACUUCUUUCCUCAAGGUUAAAACUAAUCUUCUAAUCCAUUAAACUCUUGAACAGGUAUUACAGAGGAAGAAAACUUCACCCCUUAUCCUUAACAUAUAUAGUAUAUUUAAAAAUGUAAAAUUGUAUUGUACUAAUGUGAUGGUUGAUUAUUUAAUGAAAAAAGAAAAGAUGGCUCUUUUUGCAAUAAGUAGAUAAAUACUGAAAAAUCUAAACUUACAAUGUUUAUAGUCUUGUGUGUGCAGUUAUAUUUUAUAUGGACAACCAAAUUUUUUAUUAAGAGUAAACAUCUGAGCUAUUGAAAUUUAUUACCAAAAUUUUAAAAUUGGCAUGAAUACUGCACUGUGAGCUGCAAAGUAUAGAGAAUCCUGUGGCUGGGAGAGAAAUUUCAACAACCAAACAAGUAAAAGGCUCAUCAGGUUUAGCAACUCUGCUCCCCAGAAAAUUGUAAGUAUCCCUACCAGCCUGUGGAUAAAUUCUUUAUUUCUGGUGACCCAAUAUGCGUAGGAACCUGAUAUGAGUAUAUGUGUAUGAAUGCCAUCGCAUAUGUACACAUAUACAGACAUGGUUAUUCAACAUUUGUAACAUCUGUUUAGUGUUGCUCAGUUUGCUAGGUGCUGAUACCUAUGUGUAUCUCAGUCUGCAUCUAUACUUAGAUACAUUCUCUCUAAGGAUAUUCAUUUUCUAGACAUCUCUCAGUAAGAUGCAAUGGCCCUUGUAUGACCUAGGUUUAAGAGGCCCAAUGUUUGUUCUCUCUCCCUCUCUCUCUCUCUCUCUCUCUCCUUUUCAAACAGGCUCCUUCAGGAGGUUCUCUCUUUGGGAGAGAUUCAACUUUCCAAUACACAUAUUCCAAAGCAUUGCCCAAGCAGAGUUGGUUCCAUGUGGCCGCGUGUCUUGGGUUAUUUUCAUAAGUGCUUCACUGGGGAGAGAAAAGGGGCUACCCCUCGACUUUUUAGAGGAAAAUGAUAAUCUUAUAACCAUCAGGAAUAUGUGAACACAAUAGAACAUAAAGUAAGUUUUGUAAGGUGCAAAACAUCACCAACACUAGAACAUAGUUUACCACAUCUGACACACCCACUUCCUUACCCCGCCAUGUGCUCUGACCAUGCUUGUACAUUGUCUCAUAUCUUGUGGUCAUGAGUAUAAGGGUUUGCCUUGGCUUGUGAUGAAAGGAAAACACUAGACUAACCCUAAUGUCUCUCAAACACAUCACUGGUCACUGGGAAGACCAGAGAACAUGCAAAACUUUCCCACUUGGAAUGCACAUCCUUGCAUAAACCAGUAGGGUGGUGCUCAUCUUCCUUCCAUACAUAGUAAGGCCUGCCUUUGUUCCCUGGUUCCAAGCCAGCCUCUGAGGAAUUGCCCUAGUUUUCUGCUCUUCUGUCUGGUCUUCAGCCCAAGCACUUACGUGUCUUUCGUGGUCAUAAUAUUCAUAAUGGCUUCUGUCGGACACCCCUCCUUAGGAAAGUUACUUUGGCUCCCAUGUCUUGCAUUUUUCCUCAAGGGAACUCCCCAUACACAUACACGCCCCCCCCCCCCCCCCAGGACAAGGACUAUAUGAGUAGGUGCAAAUGACCUUAUGUGGUUUUAGAGCCAGUCCAGCCCAGAACUUCAGGGGCAGAGAUGUCUGGGUUUUUUUUUCCCACAUGGAAGUGUACCUCUAAUGUGCUGCCAGGGGGACUCUUGGGAUUCACUUUCAAAGCACAAAAAUUCUAGAACCCAAGAAGACCAGCUACAGGAUAAGCGCUAGUAGCUGCAGAGAAGGCCAUAGCUGGCCAGGUGUCUUCACGGGGUCAGACUAGGUCCUCUUCUGCCUGGGUUCCCACAUCUUUCUCUGAGUGUCCUUGGAGUUUAAUUUGGGGGGUUUACCUAAAUAACCUUGAGAAUGACUCUUGAUUUAAAUUUGCAUUUAAAACAGCUAUAAGAUUUUUUUAAAAUUUUCCACUAAAGCUUUCAUCAGGACAGAUAUUUUCCUUGUCUUAACUACUGGUCCAGUUACUCCAAACACUUGGGCUUGCUUGUUUAGUCUCUACCAAAUUAACCCUUUGGGUGAAACUUGUGACGUUAUACCUAAUCCAAGUCUCUGAUGCUUCCUAUAUGGUUCUUCCUUCUGUCUGUGUUUUAAAAGUUUCCUAAACCAUAAUGAAGCCUUUGCAAAGCUAGUCCUCACCUCUCUCCCAGGUGCUCUCUCCUGGUGACCUCCAGUACCAGGUUUGCCUGAGACGUAGUGUGCUUUCACGUUGGAGCUCAGAGGCCAACUUUGCCUAGGGAGGAGCUGAAGAACAGGGCUCUGUUCUGUUGGCAUUCAUUUCUACCAUCCUGAGAGGCCUAUGCCAAAACCAGAGCCACUUCAAGACAUGUCCCUGGCCAGAAUCUUUGGCAUGUCCAGGCUACCUGAGCUCAGCCUUGAUGCUGUGGACAUCUUGGACCAGAUCAUUCUUUGUUGUGUGGUGCUGUCCUGGGCAUUAUCAGAGGUUUACUAGUGAUCUGGCCUCUACUUAGUAGCACCACUUUGCACAGUUGUCACAAGUCAAGUGUCCCCUAGACAUUGCCAGUGUCCCCUAGGGUACACAGUCAUCCCUCAUCAAGAAUAACUGUCCUGCAUCUUACAGGCCACAUCUGUAUAUUGGUAAUGGUUUCUCCUUGCAUUUCACCUGUAGGAUCUUCUCUCCUGGGAGCCUUUAUCAGAUCUUCAAGAGGCAGGUGGGAAUAUGUUGAUCAAGUGACAUUAUGUCCAUGUUUCCUCCUGCUCUAAAACUUCUCUGAUUUGACCUUCAGCCCUUAGUUACCAGAGGCUUUGAAAAAAAAAAAAAAUCCCAGCAGUUUUUGUUAUUUCUCAUAAGUUCUUGGGCCUCCUCAUCAAACCUUUAAUCCUUCUGGUUUAUUUCCUCCGGCUGCUUCUACUUUCUGCCUUAUAGUCAGUGCUGUUUGUAGAACUUAUUGAAACCUCUCAAACAUUUUUUUUUUUUUCAUCUUUGGGGAUGGAUUGGAGAAGAGUCCAUUCCAGAAGGGGACUUGCAGAGUUUUUCUUUCUUGAGCUAAGAGAGAGCAUAACAUACUACUUCCCUGCAUUUUUUGAAUGAAGAGGUUGAGGCCAGAGGAGAGAUGAGAUGACUUGCCUAAAGUCACCCAGCUGUCUCGUGACCAAGUAAGGCUGAGGACUUCUAGGGCGCUUGCCUCUCUAAUCCUUGGCCUCUUCCACUCGAGGCCAUUCUUCUUUGGUGCUCUAUGCUUACAUGAUCCCUAAGAAUAUUUGGACAGGGUUGGUUCAGAAGAGAGGGGAGAGUCAGAAUCCCCUGUGCAGAAGCACCAUGUCACUCAUGCUGCUUCUCCCGGGGUAGUGCUGCGCCUGACCGCGGCUGUCUGAGCAACCAGCACAGGUAGGAAAGCUGAUGAGCCUUUUCGCCUCCUUUGAGGACCAUGCACCUGCCACAGGCUCUCAGUCAAAUUUUUAUUUCCUAAGCAUCCCAGCAGCAAAGUCCUGCCCUCAGACCAGCCAAAUAAAAAAGCAGUCUGAACACUUGGUGUUUAAAAGUCCCCAGGUGACUUUUAAACCCAAGUCUUCAUUAGAUUUCAAUACUGUGGUGGCUUUAGCCAUUGUUUUUGUACAACCGUUAAUUAUUUAAAUCACACGACAGUCAAUUUUACAAACCAGGUACAUAUCAUUUGUAUAAUUUUGUAUAUGCUCUGGUACACUACACCUGUCCCAACGAAGAGUAGAGCUGAUUGUUUGUUGGUGUUCACACCUGUGACAUUAGGGGGACAUCUGCAUUGCUGAUUUCUCUAUGUUGAUGUUUCUGUGGCAAAUCCCUGCACGUGUCAUUUCUGAAAAGCCUUAAAUCUUGGAGACGUUGCGUGUCGGGUCUGUAGUGCAAAAGGCUGCCUCGGAACCGUGAGCCCUUUUGUAAGCUGGAAGCAUUUCUCUUACUACUGUUACUUUUUUAGGAAGUUUUCAAUUCAGAGCUGCCAAAGCGUUCCAGUAAGCAGUGCCUUAGCAAUACCUUAGUCGUACCGCCAGCCUUUUCUCGCGCCUAGACUCCCUGUCCACUUACCAAUUGGCCCAGUAUUUGAAACAGGACAAGCAAAAAUUGUUUUCGUUUUGGUUUUGAAGCCCACCAUUUUUCUUCAGUUCGUUAGGAAACUGACGACUUGGCCUGAAAUCUGAAACCGGAAUCCAAGUCUGUUCUUUGACCACUGCUCUCAAAUGUAUAUACCAAAACAGAAGGUUGCAACUUUGUAGUUUACUAUGAAAAGCAAAUUGUACUUUUAUUGUUGCCUUUUAAAUUCAUGACCAAAUACUUAGCUAUUUGUGAAUCUUCUGCACUCCAGCAUGAAAGUGCCUUUGGUUUGAGGUUCCAGCUUAGAAAAGGGCUGCCAUAAUAACGAUAAUUUGUAGAGAGACCAAAAAUAUUUUGAGAUCACCGUAAUGCCUUUGGUUUACCGGGAUGAGUAACCAACCACAGGCCUCUGUUCACAAGAGCACCACGUGGUCGCCGCCUGCCUGCCAGUGGGGGCCCCACCACCACCCGCCAUAGCACACCGCUGCAGGAGCAACCCAGAAACUGUUGUGUUUGUGUGUGCCCAUGGCCCGGCGUGCCGUUUCCGCCCGUCACCCAGCCCUGCGUCCAGAUGAAGGAAUUUCUGCACAAACAACAGAAUCUUGGCCGGUGGACAGAUAUUACAGCUUUUGCCUUCUCCGUGUGUUCGUGUUCAGUCUCCGUGGAGACUCCUUUCCAUUCAAAUGACAGUGUGCACUUAUCUGGUUUACACAAUGACACCAUUUCGAAAGUUGGAAGCCUCAAACUGAGAUGACAGUGCAGAACAAAAAUGUGUUAGGGUCAUUACAAUUGAAGUGUUCUUCUUAGGGCAAAAGUGUUGCCUCUGAGUGUUGUGUAUGGAUGUGCUAUGAGAAACUUCCAAAGAGCACCAUUCACAAAUUUGGCAUUUUCAAAGAAUGUUCCAGCCUUCAAAGGGGGCAACUCCUUAAAAGUCUGUGUCGGCUUAUUUCAAAACCUUGUGUAACAUGGGAAAACUGAUAGAGGUGAGGUUAAAAAAAAAAGGAAAAGGAAAAAGAAAACACCAGCCAAAAAGAAGCCAGGAAAAAAAAAAUCAGUCUUUUUCUUUGCUAAUAUAGAUGUAAAAAUAACAGACAACUUUGAAAGCCUCUUAAUACAUAUGUUCCAUCUGUCUCUACCUGGUGUCUUUAAGAAGAGCCUCUCUGAACUGAUGUUUCAGGAGUGGUUUUUAUGCUUCUAUCCACCCCAAGUUGUGAGUAUAUAUUUAUAAAAUUUCUGUGUUUAAAAAAAAAAAAAAACACUAGCAAAUGAAAAGGAAAAUUAUACAAGUUACAGUCAGCUGCUCAAAUUCUCUGCUCCUCCCUGUCAGGACUAUACCACAACUUGGAAGGAAUUAGUCAAAUGUGUGUUUUCCUGCUUCGCUUUUCAGCUGUUACUGUGUUUCCUUUGACAAUAGUUUUCUCCUAAACUCUUGGCUUUUGUCAUUCAGAAUGAAGGUUUUAUGUUUCAAAGUUGACUACAUUGCAGAGGGUAGUUUCACUGAAGUCAUCAUCCAUUAAGUAAGAUGAAAUAUUUGUAUUUAUUGCCCCACUUCCUAAGCUGUAACUGUUUACUCUGUGAAUUUGUAUCAAGUCACGAUGCAUCCUUUCCAGUUUAGAGAUAGCAUUUCCACUCCCUCUCUUCAUCAUCAGAUAGGGUAGAUUCCGUUAGAUUCCACCUCUCUUGGGUUGACUCUGUCUGCCUUCCACAAGGAGAUUGAUUCAGCUUCCCCUUUCUCUCAGAGAGGUGGACAGAAUACAGGUGUCAAUCAAUUGGAAACCAAUCCCUGGGUUUCUUUUUCUUUUUUUCUUUCUUUUUUUUUUUUUUUUCGGCAUUAAUCGUUUUCUGUGAUUAGUUUCACUGUGUAAAUUAGAUAUUAACUGCACUUCUUUCAAAAAAGAUGUACAUCUCCCUGUUACCUCCUUGAAAUAUUUACUUCUGUAGGCCUUUUUCAAUAGGCUUCAUGACUGCAAACAAGGGAAAAAAAAAAAAA